UUACUAGAAAAGAAAACCAAAGUACAAGCCAUGGUUAGCUUGGGCAACAAACGAUAUACGAGAUUGUGGCCACUUGUAGUUCUGCUGACUCUGGUUGUCAUCCUGAUAUGGCGAAAUCUGCAACAAGCUCGAACCCUUACACUGCCCAGAAUCUCGAGAAAAAAUUUUGGCAAAUUUCUCUUUCUGAAUGACAAUGAAACUUCAUCAUCAGGAUUGUCGAGCACAGAGGAUUAUCCAAGAGAUCAAUUGCCUGAGGAGUUGCCAUUUCUUCAGCCAUUAAUUGAAACUAGAGAAAGGUCACCUAGAACAUUGGAACUACAGAAAUUGGUUAAUUGUCGCAAUCGUCCAUUGAGAUUUCAACGACUGCAGCACGGUGAAUAUUGGCUACUGCAGAACUUAGUUAUCGGUAGUGAAAGCCAAUUUAUGGGUUGCGCCGAGUCUAUAACUUAUACCACAAAUGGGGAUUAUACAUUCUUUGAUAAUUUAGAAAUGGUAGCCGAGCGAUGGCAAGCACCUAUUAGUUUUGCCAUACACGCACCUGGCUAUGAUCUGAAUAGCACUCUGGAUGCAAUUCAGUAUGUGAAGAAUUGUUUACCUGGUAGUCAUUAUAUUAAUGAUUAUGUAACAUUCCAUGUGUACUUCUCCAAUCUGCAUAUGCCCGUCUACGUGCCCUUAAAUGAGGCGGAUGUAUUGAACUGGCCCUACAAGUGCAUGGAGGAAAAUGGGACAUUGGCGACUCCGCCUUAUACCCAAGUACCACGCGAAGCCAUGUACAAAGUCAAGGCCAAUUUGACAUACCCGAUUAACGUGGGUCGGAAUAUAGCACGUCAGGCAUCUAAUACACAUUUUAUAUUCGCUUGCGACAUUGAAUUGUAUCCAAGUGUGGGAUUUGUUGAACAAUUUCUCGAUAUGGUGGCUCGCAACAAUAGUGUCUUGGCCCUGGAUCCCAAGCAGCCAAGAAGAGUGUAUCCUCUGCCAGUUUUUGAAAUUGAAGCUGGCCAACAUGUACCUGAGAACAAGGCCGAGCUCUUGGAUCUGUAUCGCAAUGGACUGGCGCAACUCUUUCACGCCAAGGUUUGCCCCACUUGCCAUAAAGUGCCGCAACAACAACUUUGGAUGAAUCGUGCUCCCAGUGUCCGGGAUGAGUUGAAAUUAUUUAGCAUGACACUGAGAAGGGAUAAAUUUCGAAGUUGGGAACCAUUCUAUAUAAGCGAUAACACUGAACCACUCUUCGAUGAGCGUGUGACGUGGGAGGGACAAUCCAACAAGCGGAUACAGAACUUUGCCAUGUGCUUGCUAGGCUUUGAGUACCAUGUCCUCCAUCCAGCAUUCCUAGUCCAUAGUCCUGGCAUUAAGAAACAGCCAUCGCGUAAAUCGGGACGCCUAAAAUAUGCAAAGGCUAUGACCAAAUUUAUUAAAUCAAAAAUUGAACCCGAGUAUCGGAUACUUUAUGGCAAUACCACAGGGUGUACCACAUGAUACUACGAAGAUAAUUGCUUUUCAAUCUAGCCCACAGUCCUAAAACAAAAGUGAUAUUUCAUGUACAUAAUUAUAUUUUAAGCUUUACCUUUAAUAGCAAAUUAUUAAUACAACCAUAUGAUUUUUUUCUACA